AUGGACUUGGAUGAAUUUUCCGACGACGGUCUCGACGACCUCCCCGAGAACGCCCUCCGCGAGAUCGAGAACCAGGCGACCCAGUUCACGCAGGCGCAGCAGCACGCCCAGCUGACUCAGAACAACCACCCGCGGUCCUCCGUCGACGCCCGUGCGCAGCAGUCCGACUACGGCUGGGAAGAGGACGAUGAUCUGGACACGGCGCAGGUCGUCAACGACGCGGGCGUGCCGGUCGGCGGUGGGCGGCGGCCCGGCGGCUUCCCCCAGACCUCGUCCGUGACCGUACCGAUCCCGCCGCCCAACCCGCCACGGCGACCGAUCCCACCCGUGCCGAACCCGCAAUGGAACCCGACGGUAGCGCAAAACGCCUCUCGACCGAACGCGACGCAGCAGCUGCACCCCCCUCGCGCCGGCAUUCUCCCCGCGGCGGCUGCCGCCGCCUCCCAGCGAUUCAACCCCUCGCAGGCUGCGUCUGGCGGCGGCGGCGGCCAGGCGCCGCUGCUGACGCAGACGCAGCCAGGCGACGUGCUCACGGCGCUGCAGAUCCGGAUCCGGGCGCUCGAGUACGACCUCAACGCGGCGCGGGGCGAGGCGUCCAUCAUCCGCGCCAACUCGGUCAAGGCGCAGCGCGAGUUCGACGCGCAGGUCGCGCGGCUCAAGCGCGCCAACGCGGAGCAGCUCGAGGCGCACGGGCGCGCCGUGGACGCGGCCGUCGCGGCGGAGCGGUCCGCCCACACGGAGCUGCAGUUCCUCCAGCAGGACAUGAAGGAGGUCAUUAGCGACAGCAGGGCCCGGCGCAAGGACGGCGCCGGCGGCGGGCCGGCGGCGGGGAACAUUGCGACGACGCCGAAGAAGGCGGGCGGUAGGAGCUGGGGCAUCGCGGACGGGUUCGACGAGAUGGACGUGGCGAUGAGUAGCCCGAGCAAGGGGCGGGGGAGGGGCGGCCGCGGGGCGGGGUCCGUGGCGGCGAAUGUGGGAGAGCGCACGCCGACGAAGGGGAAGAGGAAGCGGCCGGUGAUGGAUAGUCCGGUGGCGGCGCUGGAGGUUGAUACCGCGGAUAUUUUUAUGGCUGACGACAAGUUGGACCUCUCGAAGUCAUCGCAGCACCAUGUCGCAGCUGCUCCUCCGGCCGCGCCGUACGAGUUUUUGCAACUCAUCCUUGACCACGGCUGCUUUCCCCAGCAACCACCCACGUUUGACAUCCUGUCUCGCUUCUCCUUCCCCUCCGACACCACGUCCGCGUCCCUCGCCUCCAAGAUCUUCGAGCGGCUGCCGCUCAUGGGCAACCCGCACCAGUCCAUGCAGCUGCAGGUCGACUUUGCCGAGACCGUCAUCCGGCUGUGGAGUCGUUGCUUCGAGGAGCAGUACUGGGCGCCGGUCAAGUACCUGAUGCCGCUGCUGUCCUUCACCUUUCAGCUCCACGUCACGUCAGUGGCGCCGCUCGUGGCGCGCGACCUCGUGCCCGUCGCGCAGUCGACCAUCUGCCUCGUGGCCGACGCCCUGCAGUCGCGUCAGCCGGACGGGAGCUUCCCCAACCAGCAGGAGUACAAGUACUACGAGGAGCACAUUGAUACGGCCGAGGCCAUGGCUCUGCUGCACAUGUGCGCGCUUGCCUGCGCGACGUCGCACGACGAUGGGCAGAACGGCAUGGAGCAUGGCCUUUCGUCUUACUGGAAGCUCAUGUCUCUGGACAUGGUGGUCAUACUGCUGUCACCGAAGCAGCGGUUUCACGACAUUGUCAACAUGCUAGACCUGCUAUCUACGUCAUCGUUGCCGGAUUCAAUCGGCCCUAUAACGGAGGAAAAGGACGCGCAGCUUGUCGCUCGCAUAAUCAUCGAGCGCGUCUCUGCUAGGCUCAUCGAGGGCCCGCGAUCACCUCAUACGCAGACCCAGAAAAAGACGAUACGGACGACCGCCCUCCGCACCCUCAUCGCCUUUGCUCGAUACCCGUUCGGCGCCAUGCAGCUUGCCGUCCACGAUAAUGCCAUCCCGAGACUCAUGACUUGCCUGAGCACGUCCAUCGACGAGCUCUACGACCAGCCCGUCUCGUCCGCGCUGCUGCCCGAACCGCCGGCCCCAACGGCUGACGACGACGACGACGUCAACGCCGCCCGAGGUGGUGGCACCGGCGUGGGCGACGACGAUGCCAGCGCCACGCCUGAGCUAAGCCGCAACAUCUCGCAGUGCGUGCUCCUCCUGCAUGCGCUCGUCACGGACCCGCACACCGCCGACGCAGCUGAUGUGAGCCGCAAGCUGUCCGUCUUUCACGGCGGCAGCCAGCGGCAGCUGCUGGCGCUCGGACGGCUAACGUUUGCGGAGGAGGACCUGGUGAUGGAGGCCGGCAUCGACAGCGAGAUUGUGGAGGCGGCACAUGAACUGCUGGAGCUCGCCGUGUCGCCGGACGAAGGCGAGGUUGUGAGUGAGGCGUUUGGGCCGUGA